AUCUGAUAUUAUAGAUUUUCCUUUUUUUUUAAUAUAGAGUUGAAGAGUAGCUUUUUAUAUACAACGCUUAUCCUUAUCAACAUUUUAACUAUAUCAACUCUUUUUUAUACAGCCUGAUAAGUCGUAAACAGAUUAUGGAUUUUAAAUGGCAGACAGAGGUGCAAUGUUUAGUUUACAUUCUUUAUGAGCUGUCAAAAUGCUUGGACUAAAGGAACGUCGCCACUUGUUUCUCUACCACCUGCUCUUCGUUCUCCUAAUCCUCCUGCUAACAGGCCGUAGUCUUGCCAUUGUUUGCUAUCACUGCGAUUCCAUUGCACUGCCCGAAUGUUCGCAGACCCUCGGAGAGGUGGGAGUUCUCCCCUACAAGGAGUGCCCCUCUGAGCUGACGUGUGCCAUGUCCAUUGUGGACUCCAUCACAUAUCGCGGCUGCGGAGCAGAAACCCCGAUCACCGGAGCGACUUACUCAAAGUCUUGCUCGUCAAACCUGUGUAACGCAGGCGUCUAUCCUCCGGGACGACUCAAAUGUCAUCACUGCGCUGGAAAGGAUUGCGUGGCAGCUCCAGGGGCAAAACCCAAGCCCUGCCGCUAUCAUUUGGAAGAGGAUCAGUGCUACACGGAUGUCUUGAGUUCGUCUGAAGCUUACAGGGGCUGUGUCUCCGAGCAGAACCACACGUUGUCCAGUGCAGCGCAGCUGUGCGACAUCAAUGGCGGCAAUGAGGAGCAGGGAGCUUGGACACAAGUCUGCGCCACCUGCGAUUCUGCAGAAGGCAGGGGCUGCAAAAUGGAUCUCUUUCAGGUCAACACCGGCAAGUGCAACGUGACCCUGUUCGAGGAAUGCCAACAGGAAGUGCUAUUGGGCGAGCAAGAGGACAAGUACUGCUUUAGUUACCGAAAAUUAAGCCGGGUGGUCAGAGGCUGCUCCACAAAAAUGCCAGCAGAUUUGGAACCGUUCGUGGAGGAGCUCGAAAAGUGUAGAACAAGUGACAACUGCAAUGCAGGUUGCAUUACCCGGCAGAAAUGUUUAACCUGCAACUCCCAGGAUCAAGAACUUUGCAGGACGAAUGUAACCGCUAUAAGUAACAGCACUUGUGGCUCCGCUGAGGCCUCCUCCUGCUUCUCCUGUGAGUACUCCAACUGGAGCAUACAAAGAGGCUGUGGAGCAGCACCCACAAAUCCCGAAGUCGUCAAAUGCUAUGAAUGUGAUGAAGAAGGUGGAUGUAAUAACAAGGAUUUCACUAGGUGCUAUCAAUGCAGCACGGACCAAGCGGGAGCAGGCUGUGCGAAUUGGGAAAGACCAGGUGAAAUAUACAUCGAGGAAUGCAUUGAGCCAGCCUCAUCGUGUGUGGUAGUUUCGUUUAAAAACGGCACCACUGCGAGAGGUUGUCAAAAACCAGAUCUUAGUUGCACAUCCAGCAAUGUGGCCAAUUGUCUUCAGUGUCAAGGAAGUUUUUGCAAUAAAGGAGCCUUUCCGGAGGAGCGUCUCUGGUGCCACCAGUGUAAAGGAGUGGAGGAUUGUGAGGAGAUCUCCAGAGGACAAACAGCUCUUCCCUGUCCUGUUCAAUCAAAUGAGCCAGAUGAUCAAAAGCUGGCUUGCUUGGAGUACUUUGACACUCACAGUAAGCAGAUUGUGAGAGGAUGCCGAUCUAAUUCGGAACUAUACUAUGAGUGUCUUUUGAGGAGUAACCACCAUGAUAGUUGUCGCAUUUGCCACAGUCGCGCCUGCAAUAAUAGUACUGGAAAGGAGUUGAGAGCGGGCUAUGAGCUAGAUACCAAAGCGAUGGCCUUGCUGCAGGCCAAAAGUUCUUCAAAAUCCUUGGAGUUAACUGAAGUGGGUUUAGGAGUUUGCUUUCUCCUAAUCGUACGUUGCUUUUAGGAUGUGAUCCUGUGUUAAAUAAAUUUUUGA